AUGGCGGACGAAGUAAACAACGUACUUGAUGAAAGAAAAGUUGUUUCUGAAUUUUGCCGUCUUUUAGAGAAAUCCAGGCUCUUGUUCAAUUCUUUGAGAGACCUGCCGCAAUUUGGCAGCAAACAUUGGCAAACUCACUUUGGAAGAACAUUUGACGUCUAUACGCGGUUAUGGAAGUUUCAGCAGCAACACAGAAACAUACUCGAUGAAAAAUACAGUCUAAAACGAUGGCAAAUAGGAGAAAUAGCAUCGAAGAUAGGACAACUUUAUUAUCAUUACUAUUUAAGAACCAGCGAGGCGAAUUACUUAAAAGAAUCAUUUUCGUUCUACUCGGCUAUUCGUGAACGAGCUUAUUACAGCCAAGCAAGUAGAGAAGAAAAGCCCGAUCUUAUGGUUAAAAAGCUUCGAUAUUAUGCUAGAUAUACAGUAGUGUGUCUUCUAUUAAACAAAAUGGAACUCGUCAAAGACAUUAUCGCCGAGUUGAUUCAUUACGUGGAGGAAUAUGUUAAUGUGUAUGACGCUGAAGACGACGAGGAGUGGAGACUGGUGAUAACAGAAGUGACGUCAUUUGUACAGGCAGACAAUAUCGUGGCAGUCAUGACACCUGACGUUAUUCCAGUCAUCCUUUCACAUCGAAUCAAGGCUAAUGAAAUACCAUCACUUAGAGGACCUACGAACAUUUCUAGUGGAAGUAAUCUGACAUUACAGGAAAUUAUUAUUAUUGGAAAUUGUGAAAAGCAGGUUAAGUUCAGUGAACUCACACUCGACAUGUUUCGAAUGCUUCAAGCGUUUGAACGCGAACCUGACAUAGAUUCUCCUCGCACGCUGGUUACACCAUCCACAGAUAAUACACUACAAGACAAGGUUCCAUCAAAAGAUUCCAGUAAGCCUUGCCCAAACCCUCAUAAGUACCUGCUUUACAAACCAACGUUUUCGCAACUUCACGUCUUUCUCAGCGUCAGUUUCAAGGAAAUUCCGUCCAGCGGUGUUCUCCUGGUGUACAUUUCCGGUGACGCAUACACACCAAGCGUGAAAUCUGGACUCGAAGGUCAGUACGACCAAGGUGGUGUACUAACAGCAAACAGGAAAACAGAUCUCGAUGAUAAUCUAUCAAAACGAAGAAAUGUAUUCAAAGAACCUAAUUGUUUGUAUCCUGAAGACCUUGUUCCAUUCACUCGUAAACCGUUGGUAUUGAUUGUCGACUGUCCAAAUAGCGAGGCCUUCAAGUAUUUCCCUAAUCACUUUGGUCAACCUCUAGUUUGCCUCAUGUCGUCGGCUGCCGUCCCUGUGGCUAUGUCUGAAUCCAAUCGUAAAGGCAACAUGUUUACAAUGUUUCUGUACAGCCCAUUGGUGGCUUUCUGCUAUGUAUCAAGUAUCGCUAACCUCCGCAGUGACUUAUGGGAGGAUGGUCAGCGCCAGGUCCGUCGAAUAUUGAACGAUUUAUUACGAGUAAUUCAAGACUGGUCACGUGUUGUAGAUUUAUCUGUUUUAAAGAUUUUGGAGGACGAUUUUCUGAAAAUGAUGUUGCUACGAUAUAUAUUUUGCUUCUACGUCACUCAUUUACACAGAGCAUUUAAGGGGUCUGAGUACUACCCAAAAUGUUUUCCUAAACUGCCUAAUGAAAUCUUGCUGAAUGGAGGCGUGGAGAAGCAAGUCCUUGAACUGGCGUCCAUGUUGGAUGUUCGGAGUUUGUUUUACGAAGUUGGCGAGGCGCCCCCUUUCGAUUAGACGACGUCUUGAGAGUUGACUUUCUGAAUUUCAUGUGAUUUCAGCACAAAAUGAAACGCGCGCGUAUAGAGCAAGGUGGCACCGAGACCCAUCAGAUUUCACUUGUUUCUUUAAACCCGUAAAAUAAAUGUGCCAGUCACAUAAACACAGAAAAUAACAUUAGCAUGGUCCACCAGCACCCGUCGAGUUUUUGCUCAUGUUUGAAAAUAGAAAUACAUCAUAAUAUAAGCAGAAACUUACUCUUUGUUUAUCCCUUUUAUACGAUAUGGAUGGAGAGACUGUAAGAUUCGACACUUUACUGUUUAUUUUACGGAUUUAUGGGAGCAGCUCUAUUCCAUACACAUUAUAAUUUUAGAUGCAAGCUAAGUCGCCCGCAAUGUCGGUUACCUAGUUAUACUGGGCUGUUGUCUUGAAAUUGAGUUUUCUCCUUGAAAAGUGAAAAAAUGGGCAAAAUACAGCAACGCCAUUUUUUCAACAAAGCACGGUGUGAGUUUUGUCAUCACACUUGUUGUAAACCCUUAAAUAUAUCUCUAAAGGCAAUUUUUAUAUUUUCCUCGUAAAAACGGUACAACCAGUUCUGUUUUUGCUUUUAACAGAACUGUUUUAGCAGGAAAAAAGAUGUGCAAGGACUACAACUCCAAUCAUGCCUUGCUGCACAAAAUGAACUGUGUCUGCAAGCAUUCAUUCAGCCAAUAAAUUAAAAAAAAACGUUUUACAUUCUCCAUUGUUAGACACUGAACCUUGAAAAUAGCUAGAUCUUGUGACUCCCCAAGCAUUCUGGCUUUGUGUUUUAUUGUUGUAUUGAUGAGUGAGUGAAGAUGUGAACAAAGAUGAAACUUGUGAAUUGAAAUAAUUAUUUAAUUGAAUAAAAUACAGCCUUUUGCACAAAUUAUGAGACAUUUUUAUAUAUAUAAAUAUACCUAACCAAAUAUCAAAAACACCCAAGAAAUUAUGGGAUA